UCCCAUGAUGAUGUAAUGUAUUCUAUUGUAUUAGCAUGGGCGGUCUUGGUCACUCAGUGUUUUACGAACAAAUAUUGUACUGAAUAAACAAAAAUUGUUUGCUCUGUUAUCGUAUGAGAAAAAGUUUCACACUUGUCCAGGGGCAGACUGACCAUUUGGAAACUCGGGCACUGCCCGAGGGCCCGGGGUCAGUAGGGGGCCCCAUGAGAUGCCCCUGGUACCUUUUUCAUAGGCUUUUUUGAGUUUGGGCAAGGACACAGGGGCCCAUGAUCCCCUAUUGCCCGGGGGCCCCAUGA